AUGCCUUCUAUUGUUAAGUUCUACGUGGCUGAAACAUUGUACAGCCGUGAGGUAACGUGUCAGUCAUCAGAAAUUUGCACUGCUGAAACGGCUCCAUCGACCAAAUUUGUAUGGGUCGUUGAGGAACAAGAUACAGCAGCGAUGAACCUGGGUGUGCAGAGUGCAAGACCGAAUGAUUUGUCAUUAUUGGUGAGAAGGAUUUGUGAAGCAGCAGAGGAAAUGCUCAGAGUCGUCGAGAGAAUACCAAAUGUGAUACUACAAAUUGACUGGAAAAGAGUCACAUACAAAAGAGUCACAUUUGCCCCACUGAAAGAGAAAACAGGGUUGAGAUAUACUAUUCUGUGGAUGAUCUCUUAG